CCAAAAAAUAAUUAAUUCGUUCACCUUUUAAACUCUAAAGUUUAGCAUCUGCACCACUUUCUCCCAUUCCGAGACCAAUAACUUCCUUUCUUGAAUAUUCCCAGACUAAUUUAAACUCUGAAGUUUGAAAUUUACUAUUGAUGCUGUUACAUAAUACAUUUACGGGUCUUUGAAGUGAAACGAGUUAUGGGGCGGCAAAGAACCGAAGCAACUGAGUCUUUACUUGUAAGACAAGGAAACGACAACCUUGUUUACAAUGAAGAAAAUGGUGGUCUUGGGGAUGGAGGGUCGGAGGCUGUUUCCGAUGUUACCACCAUUCUUGGUCUUAGCACCUUCGUGGCAACUUGUAUUGCCUUUGGUUCUGGCUGUGCUGUAGGAUAUUCAUCCCCUACUGAAUCUUCAAUCAUGGAAGACUUGGGACUUUCUGUUGCUGAGUUUUCAGUUUUUGGUUCAAUACUGAGUAUUGGAGCACUUCUGGGUUCUGCAAUAAGUGGGAAGAUAACAGAUUUUCUUGGUCGGAAAUUGACCAUGUGGAUUUUGAAUUUGUUCUACAUCGGUGGCUGGCUUGCCAUAGCAUUUGCAAAGACCCCUUGGUUGCUUGACCUUGGAAGACUAUCAUUAGGAUUCACAGUAGGAACUUUCACUUACUUGAUGCCCGUCUAUAUUUCUGAAAUAACAACAAAGAAUGUGAGAGGAAGAUUUUCGGUCAUACCGUCGUUGACGGUUGGUUGGGGCAUAUCGUUCAUGUAUAUUGUCGGUUCCUUUGUCAGUUGGCGCACAUUGGCUCUGAUAGCUACGAUUCCUGGUCUACUUCAACUGCUACCACUCUUCUUCAUACCAGAAUCUCCGCGAUGGCUGGCAAAAGUUGGCCGUGACAAAGAGCUUGAAGAUGUUUUGUUGUGCCUCAGGGGAAAUAAAGCUGAUAUUUUUAAUGAAGCAGCUGAAAUAAAAGAUUAUGUGGAAUCUCUUAAAAGUUUCUCAAAGGAAGGAAUUCUAGAAAUAUUCCAAAAGAAGUAUUUUCGACCAUUGCUAACUCUUAUUGGAAUGAUAAUCCUAAUGAAUUUGGGAGGAGCCAAUGCGUUUUCGUUUUAUUCUGGUGUUAUCUUUGUCUCAGCUGGUUUAUCUAGCAUGGUUGGACUCAUCACACUGGCUACUACUCAGACAAUAGUUGGUGUUUUGGGUAUAAUCCUAAUUGAUAAAUUAGGAAGGCGACCACUUCAACUGGUGUCUACAGCUGGAUUGUGCUUCAGUUGCUUCCUCACAGGAUUAUCAUUUCUCUUAAAGGAAUCUAAUUGGUGGGAUCAAGGUAGUCCUGCUUUGGCAUUCAUUGGCUUAUUAGUGUACACGGGAUCUUACAUAGUUGGCUCAGGAAUACCAUGGCUGUUAUUAUCAGAGUUAUUUCCAAUAAAUGUAAAAGGUUCAGCAGGCAGCAUCUGUAAUUUUAUGGGCAGUUGCUCUGGUUGGGUUGUUGCAUACUACUUUAACUUCCUAACUGAAUGGAGCUCAACAGGGACAUUCUUUAUAUUUUCAGCCUGCUGCGCUGCAAAUUUCAUCCUAUCAGCAACAAUGGUACCCGAGACGAAAGGGCGAACACUGGAGGAAAUACAAGCAUCGAUUAUUCAGUCUUUAGAUUGAAAUAACAAGUUUUCCAAGUUAUUUCAUCAUCAACAAUUUGCUUUAAAUCCUCACUUGUCUUGCUAUUGUAGUUACCAAACUCUUUACCGUCAUAGCUUGCUCCCUGCUGUUGUCCUGUGUUAUUCAUUAAUGAAAGAAAAAAACAAGUAAUGAAUGAAUUUGUGCUUUGGCUAUAA